UACGAUGGCUCUGCAUCACAGCAGUGACUAUAAGACGUGUGAGGGACUCACAGGAAGGUACCUUCAGAUCCAGAUUCUCCUGUGGUUCAGGUCUCCUCCAGUCAGCAGCCAUGAAAUUCACCCUCAUUGCCGCCGUUGUCCUGCUUGCCUUGGCACAAGGAAGCUUUGCACAGGAUGCCAACCUUGACAUCGUCAAGUACUUCGAGGACUUCAGGACUAAACUGACCCAGGACAUGGCAACCCUUGUUGGCAACCCAGAACUGGCAACCCAGACUGAGAACUUCUUGCAGGAGAAGAAAACCCAGCUGGAGCCUCUGGCUGCUAAGAUCCAGGAGCAGGUGAAGACUGUGGCUGCUAACGCUCAGGCCCAGUUCCAGCCCAUGAUGGAAAGCCUCCAGACCCAGAUGGAAGACUUCUUUCAGAGGUUGACAGAGCAGGCUCGCGCCAUUGCCAACUAAAUCGUCGUCCUUCCAUAAUGACUUGGAAAAGAACACGGAGAGUAAACCACCGUCUUCUCUGCAAUGGACUGAGUUAAAGCCAUGACUCUGGUGUUUCUGUGCCCGUUAGCAUUGAUGUUUAGCUUCUCUGUCUAAAAGCACAAAUAAAAACAUGAAACACAA